GACGCUCCCCUGCUACACGCAAUGGGUACUAAACGCCUAGUGUACUAGUACCUUUUAUUGGUGUGAACCGUGCGCGCCACGGUUUGUACACGUAGUGCUAUAGAGGAAGAGAGCGCGAGAGAGUGCUGUCAAUAGUCUGUUUAGAUUUCUGCACAGUUUGAGCUGGCAGGGGAUUUACUCACCAAUUUCCAACGGACAAGGAAAGCUAUAAACUCGCACAUGCGCAUAUCGUAAAGAUCUACGCGGAUAUGUAGCCUACAUUCAUGAUUUUUACGCACAGGUGAAAAGUAAUGUUUUUCUUAUCGUAGAUUAUCCAAAGAACAUAGGAUAGUGAUAUAGUGUCAGAUCAGUGAACAUCAUAUUUAUAGCCUAGUUAUUGCACAAAUAAUUAUAGACAACACGCGGGAACACCGAUAACAGUGAAACAUGUCCAGGAAAAAGACCGUGAAAGGCAAGGGGAGCUCCAAAAGCCCGACUUCAUCUCUGAACAACAACAAAGACACCGGGAAAAGUGGGAGAGGGAUCGGAGCCGCGGCCCCAUCCAACGGAGUGGUCUAUCCGAGCCGCCCCUCGCUCAGCAACAGCGGGGAGUUUUAUGAUAUCGCUUUUAAGGUGAUGUUGGUGGGAGACUCAGGUGUAGGGAAGACUUGCCUGCUGGUUCGCUUCAAGGACGGAGCUUUCUUGGCCGGUAGCUUCAUCUCUACUGUUGGCAUCGACUUCAGGAAUAAAGUGUUGAACAUUGAUGCGCUGAAGGUCAAACUGCAGAUCUGGGACACUGCUGGGCAAGAAAGAUUCCGCAGCGUCACACACGCCUACUACCGCGACGCUCAUGGCAUGGCUGACAGAGAUCCAUGAGUACGCUCAGCAGGACGUGGUGCUAAUGCUGCUGGGGAACAAGGCUGAUGCAACACACGAGAGAGUGGUGAAGAGAGAGGAGGGAGAGAAACUGGCCAAGGAGUUUGGUGUGCCCUUCAUGGAGACCAGUGCUAAAUCUGGCCUGAACGUGGAGCUGGCAUUUACAGCUGUGGCCAGAGAGCUGAAGCACAGGUCCCUGAAGGAGCCUGAUGAACCAAAGUUUCAGCUUGAAGACUAUGUCAACAAGGAGAUGAAGACUGCUGGCUGCUGCCGCACAUAAACCUGUUCUUUCUUUCUUUCUCUCUCUCUCUCUCUCUGUGUGUGUGUGUGUGUGUGUGUGUGUGUGUGUGUGUGUGUGUGUGUGUGUGUGUGUGUGUGUGUGUGUGUGUGUGUGUGUGUGUGUAGCCUAUCGGCUAUGUGUCUGUCUGGUGUGUGUGUAUAUGUCUACCGGUGUAUAAAGUGUGUGUCUCUGUUUCCUUUUCCCUAUGUGUGUGUGUGAUACGUUUUUAACAGUGGUGGUUGUGUAUGUGUGUGUAUGGUGUACGAGUGAAUUCAUAAUGCGUUAUCUUCUGCCCCCUACUGUAUGAUAAAAGGAUGACAGUUUCAGUGCAUAGGUACAGUAAGAAUCACAGUCUAUUAGUCUAUCAAACUCAUUCAGUAAAGACCACCAAAGUAGACAUCAAACAGCAACCUGUCAAAGUACACCCACUAGAUUAAGGUGGAGCAUUUCAAGUUACAGUACCUCUGUGUCAUCUUACACAUUCUCUGAUGAUUUCUCUUCCUGGUGAUAUUUUGUGUACUCAUCCAAGUCCCCCACCCAACUGCAGAACUCUCCUGACCCACCUCUUCUUGCAGCUGUGAAUGUAUCUAAACUGUCCCCAUUUGUACCCCUUCGCUCUAUCCUCGUUGGAAUUCCUCCUUUGGAUCCAUUGGAGUCCUUCUGUGCAAUAUUACUAAGAAAGUAUGUGGUGUAUAUAUUUUAAAUGAAAUGUAUAAUCUGGAGCUUUAUAGUUUGCGUUACUUAUAAAUGGUUGUCCUGUUGAGGCCAAAUGGAACAUGGUGUCAAGUGAUGUAGAAAAUCAAGAGAUUGUCAAGUAGUAGAACAAGAAAUUGUGGGCUGUUUAUACCAUUCAAAAUGUGCAUUGAAGCAAGAUAAUAUCAAUAUGGAUCUUUGUAAUCUAUAACACUCUAUGGAAGGGUUUGUUCAAAUGUUUAAAUGUUGUUUAUGUGUUUCUGUACAGGGUGUCCAACAUCAUGUUAUUGAUAUUCUGGAGGCAAAACAUCUGUCCUGUAUUUUAAUACAGUAUUGUUCAGUAUACCUACCUUGACUUUAUUUCCGAAAUGCUACAAUUGUAUCUAUAUCAUUCUUUGUCAGAACCGUGGUAUUUUGAAGAGAUGCACUCCGCAAAUCUGACCUUCGUAUCGAUUUACAACACUUUUUAAUUCAGUGGAUUCAUCAUUCUGGAUGUAUAAAGAGAAAUGUAUGUAAUUGCCUAAUGUAAAUGAUAUUGAGUUUCAUACUGUUUUUUGUUCAUGUUUAACUGAAGUACUAUAAUGCUCAAUGAAAGAAUAUUGCUGGAAUAUUGAAUAAUGUACAGAGGACAGCAAAUCGUUCAAUGUUUUGAUUAUAGAAAAGAGUGUAAACCUACUGUACUUCUAUAAUCCACUCAGACACAGUAAGUACAUUUUUUUAAAUGUAACUUCAGUACUCACAAUAAAGUUUAAGAUGCACAGUA